CAGGUAGUAGAGCUGCCGGGGAGACGCAGUAGCAUCGGCAACACAAGAGGCAGGCGCACCCCCCUAGUGAGGAAAGAACUGGACCUGUUGAUGGGGUGAGCGCUGAAUAAUGAUGACGUUCACCCCUCACGGUCGCCCCUCCCGUCCGCGGGCAAUGAUGCGGUGGGCCAAACAGGUACUUCUUGGUAUAUAGCAUCAUGACCAACCCAGCCGUCUGGGAUCGAUCCCAGCUUAAGCUUGAGAAUCGAGUCGCAAAUGCCGAGUACAGGGUAGUCAAAAACGCCAGUCUCAUCUUAUAUAAUCCAGUUUCAUUCCAUCCCAUUGUCCACUCACAAGAGCACCCACAACACACGACAACGCCUCAAAAACCAUGGCGUCCUCAAAGCCCAAGAUUCUCGUCGUCCUCACCUCAGUCGACGCUGUCCCCAAGUCGGGCAAGAAGAUCGGCUGGUAUCUGCCCGAGCUCGCCCAUCCCCAUGAAGUCCUCCACGGCAAAGCAGACCUGACCUUCGCCUCGCCCAAAGGCGGCGUCGCCCCGCUCGACCCGUCCUCGGUGGAGAUGUUCUCCUCCGACCCAGUCUGCAAGGCCUUCUUCGAAAACCACAAGCAGGACUGGGAGCAGACGGUGCCGCUCUCGAGCCUGGCCGGCCGCGCCUCCGAGUUCGACGCCGUCUUCUUCCCCGGCGGCCACGGCCCCAUGUUCGACCUGGUCGGCGACGAGGACUCGCUCCGGCUGGUCCAGGACUUCGCCGCCCAGGGCAAGGUCAUCAGCGCGGUGUGCCACGGCCCCGCGGCGCUUCUCAACGCGCGCGGCGCCGACGGGAAGACGCCGCUGCUCCGGGGGCGUGAGGUCACCGGGUUCUCCGACGAGGCUGAGAAGAUGUUCAAGUUUGACGGCGAGAUGGACUUUUCGCUCGAGGAUCGGCUUGCUGAGGUGAGCGGCGGGCACUUUGUCAAGUCGGAUGAGGGGCCCAUGGGGGAGAAGGUUGUUGUGUCUGGGAACGUCAUCACGGGUCAGAACCCGGCUUCCUCCAAGGAAGUGGGUGUGGCUAUUGCGAAGGCGCUAGGUAUGAGUUACCCCUGAUUUCUUUUUCCACUUCUUCUUGGUGGUAUAUACAGCUGAUUAUUUUAUUUUCCGUGCAGGAAUUUAAUACGGGCCGAAAGAAAAGGAAGAAAAAAAGGAGAAAGAGAGAGGUGCCGG